AGGGGAAGCCGGUUGGGACCUGGGCCUGCCUCGGGCCGCCAUCUUGGAGGGUCGCGGCGGGAGCAGCGUCCGGAGGAGCCGGGCGGAGAGGCUGAGGCGGCGCCCGCUGGCUGCCCCCGGCCCUCUUCCCUUCGCCAGGCGGCGCGGGAGGGCCUCGAGCCCCGGAGGGCGCGCGGAGGAAGCGAUGAGCGGCACCGGUAACAAGCGAGCACCCACAACAGCCACCCAGAGACUCAAACAGGACUACCUGCGCAUCAAAAAAGAUCCAGUGCCUUAUAUAUGUGCUGAGCCCCUGCCCUCAAAUAUACUUGAAUGGCACUACGUUGUACGAGGACCUGAGAUGACUCCAUAUGAAGGUGGCUAUUACCACGGGAAACUCAUUUUCCCAAGAGAAUUCCCAUUUAAACCUCCUAGUAUUUAUAUGAUAACACCAAAUGGAAGAUUUAAAUGCAACACAAGAUUAUGUCUUUCCAUCACCGACUUCCAUCCUGACACAUGGAACCCAGCUUGGUCAGUCUCGACAAUCCUUACAGGCCUUCUUAGUUUUAUGGUUGAAAAAGGUCCCACUUUGGGCAGUAUAGAAACAUCAGAGUUCACGAAAAGGCAGCUUGCUUCACAGAGUCUAGCGUUCAACAUAAAAGACAAAGUCUUCUGCGAAUUGUUUCCUGACGUGGUGGAGGAGAUCAAGCAGAAGCAAAAGGCGCGAGAGGAGCUCCACAGCCGGCCGCAGACCCUCCCGCUCCCGGACGUCGUUCCCGACGGAGAGGCCCACCACAACCAGAACGGUCUUCCACUCCUGAACGGCCACGUUCCCUUGGCUGCCGCCAACAACAACAACCAUCCGGGCCUCCAGCAGGCCAACCGCAACCACGGACUCCUGGGAGGAGCUUUGGCGAACUUGUUUGUGAUUGUGGGCUUUGCGGCCUUUGCCUAUACAGUGAAGUACGUUCUGAGGAGCAUAGCGCAAGAGUGAAGCCCUUAAACGAAACAAAACGAAACACAAAACGCCGGUUCCAAGACCAAAAUUAGCAGUAGUGGCAGGAGCCAAGACAACAACAAGAAAAGCAUUUGGGACUCUUUGGGGUCUCAUGCUCCCCCUAAUGCUGGGAUGAAUACCGUGUGAUGUACAGGUAAAAGUGAAAUAGACUGGUUUGGCUCAUGGGUUUAGUUUUGGGGAGGAAGAGAACAAAAAUCCCCUUUGGACUCAAAGAAGAAAGAGGCAGGUAGCAUGGUGAGGGAAAAGCAACAAAUUGGCAAUAUUUUUAAAAGUUACCAAUUUACAAAUGGCAUCUUUUUAAAAAAAUGUUAAUUUUCUUAAACAAAGCACUGAAUCAUUUCCGGGGUCCUUAAAGUUCUUUGUUGUUCAUACAGAAUAUGAAGUCACGCAUUCAUAGUAAAGAGAAGGUAGCAGCCAAAAUCUGUCCAAGCCUAUAGUCAAAGAAAAGCAGAGAAAAGGAAGAACCCAGGGCUGAUUUUUUUUUCCUCUCCUUGUUCAGAUCUAAUUUCUCCCCUGAUUCUUUCCAUGCCAGUGUUUGCUGCCGAACCCAUUCUGUUCAAGCAGGAAAGUCGGUGACAUGAAUGUCCUUCACAUUGGCUUGAAGAGGUUUGAUAUGAGGUCUUUAUUUCGACUCUGUCUCCCUCAAAAAAAGCUGGCACUUACGAACCUUGGCCCUAACAAAUGGCAAACAGUUUGGUGAGAUUUCUGCCAAUCCCGGUGUUUCUGGUGACAGAAGGCCCUUCGCAAACAUGUCUUAGAAGUCAGUGACUUUAAGUUUUAAUGUUUGAUUAUUAUUUUGGCGUCCUGUCCCAAAAUAAUAAUCUGAAACACGUGAGCAGUUUGGAAGGCCCUUAGCAAACAUGUCUUAGAAGUUUAUAAUAUUGGAUUAUUAUUUUGGAGUUCUGUCCCCAAAAUAAUAUUCUGAAACACGUGAACAGUUUGGAAGGCCCUUAGCAAACAUGUCUUAGAAGUCAGUGACUUUAAGUUGUAAUGUUUGAUUAUUAUUUUGGGAUCCUGUCCCCAAAAUAAUAUUAUGAAACACGUGAACAGUUUGGAAGGCCCUUAGCAAACAUGUCUUAGAAAUCUGUGACUUUAAGUUGUAAUGUUUGAUUAUUAUUUGGGGUCCUGUCCCCAAAAUAAUAUUCUGAAACACUUGGGGAGUUUGGAAGGCCCUUAGCAAACAUGUCUUAGAAGUGUAUAAUAUUUGAUUAUUAUUUUGGAGUUCUGUCCCCAAAAUAAUAUUCUGAAACACUUGGGGAGUUUGGAAGGCCCUUCGCAGACAUGUCUUAGAAGUCAGUGACUUUAAGUUGUAAUGUUUGAUUAUUAUUUGGGGUCCUGUUCCCAAAAUAAUAUUCUGAAACACUUGGGGAGUUUGGAAGGCCCUUAGCAAACAUGUCUUAGAAGUGUAUAAUAUUUGAUUAUUAUUUUGGAGUUCUGUCCCCAAAACAAUAUUCUGAAACACUUGGGGAGUUUGGAAGGCCCUUAGCAAACAUGUCUUAGAAAUCUAUGAUGUUAAAUUGUAAUGUUUCAUUAUUAUUUUGGGGUCCUGUCCCCAAAAUAAUAUUCUGAAACACUUGGGGAGUUUCUAAGUCAUAUGUCUUAGAAAUCUGUGCCUUUAAAUUGUAAUGUUUCAUUAUUAUUUCAGGGUCCUGUGACCAAAAUAAUAUUCUGAAACACUUGGGGAGUUUGGAAGGCCCUUAGCAAACAUGUCUUAGAAGUGUAUAAUAUUUGAUUAUUAUUUUGGAGGUCUGUCCCCAAAAUAAUAUUCUGAAACACUUGGGGAGUUUGGAAGGCCCUUAGCAAACAGGUCUUAGAAGUCAGUGACUUUAAGUUCUAAUGUUUGAUUAUUAUUUUGGGGUCCUGUCCCCAAAAUAAUAUUCUGAAACACUUGGGGAGUUUGGAAGGCCCUUAGCAAACAUGUCUUAGAAGUGUAUAAUAUUUGAUUAUUAUUUUGGAGUUCUGUCCCCAAAAUAAUACUCUGAAACACAUGGGGAGUUUGGAAGGCCCUUCGCAAACAUGUCUUAGAAGUGUAUAAUAUUUGAUUAUUAUUUUGGAGUUCGGUCCCCAAAAUAAUAUUCUGAAACACUUGGGGAGUUUGGAAGGCCCUUAGCAAACAUGUCUCAGAAGUCAGUGACUUUAAGUUGUAAUAUUUGAUUAUUAUUUUGGGGUCCUGUCCCCAAAAUAAUAAUCGGAAACACGUGAGCAGUUUGGAAGGCCCUUAGCAAACAUGUCUUAGAAAUCUGUGACUAAGUUGUAAUGUUUGAUUAUUAUUUUGGGUUCCUGUCCCCAAAAUAAUAUUAUGAAACACGUGCAGAGUUUGGCCUGCCUUUUGCUCUGUGGGUUCGAAAUAGCAACGUUCCCUUUCUCCUCCAAACAGCAUGGAUGUUGUAAGGAAGGAAUCGCCACCAGAGGUCGUGGUUGACUUCUAUAGUUAGCACUUUCCCAAGGAAAUUGAACUGGAGCGAGAACACACAUCUCGAGAGGGCUAAUUUGGGAAGGAAUUUUCAGCGAAUGCCUUUGGCUCGAUUGAAGCGAUAUUGUGAAAUUCGGUGACCUUGGGCCACAGGAAAGUUUAUCAAAAAUGUUUGUUUUUUGCUUUUCUUUUCAUGUCUUUCCCUUUUUUAAAAAAAGGAAUGAGGGUUGACCUUCAAAACAAGAUGUUUCUGGCCUGUUUUUUGGACCUUUCGGUCCUGCCAAAGUAUGGGAGAGUCGUCAUCUUUCGGGCCUUUUGGUCCCGGUAAAAAAUGGGAGAGCUGUCUUCUCCAGAAUACAAAGGAAUGGGCAACCUAAACUAUUGGAUUGAACUUCCUAUCAUCCCUUGUUCAUGCUUUUGGGAGCUGGUGUCCAACCACGUCGGGAAGCUGUAGCUUCUCCUUCCCUACCAUAACUCAGAAGAGUUUACAGUAAAAUAUAUAUAUUGCUGCGGCAGUGUAAGCGAGAACUUGCCCUCUCAACAUCUCUCCUCAUCCACUUCUGGCUUUUCCUACUGGCAGAAAAUCUCUUUACCGGCUGUUUUUGGAGGGUCAGUUAAUUUAGUUCCAGUGGCAGAUAGUCUGGGUUAUAUACAGGAUCAGUAUUUCCGUGUUUUCAGUGCUUCCCGCUUUGAAUAGUAAGAGAACGAACAUUCAUUGCGCUCCCCAGCAACCUGGAUUGCACUUAAGUACUUCGUGUUCGGUUUGGCCGACAAGUUGAAAGUAAUUUAAACACUCUUUUUUCUGGUGCUUCCCAGAAUCCCCUAGUGAGCUUUGGGAGGACCUGCAUCUCCACAAUUGUGGCUCUGGCAGAAUGAAUAGGGCAUCAUUGGUGUCCUGUUUGCUGACUUUCAAACAGGUCACUUGAAGCAGUUGUUUUCUACUCUUGAUGCAUCUCUUUGUCACCGCAAGAGUUUCCCGCUUGUUGUUAUCUCAGAGCUGAACUGGAGUGCCUUGCUUGUGGUCUUGAAUCCACUUACUUUGCAUUUGCUUUCUUCCUCGAAGGACCAGAGCCCGCUUUCCUUCUGAACCCUCCUAGCCCUUGCCAAUUUCCGCACACAACAUAUAUAUGUCUAAAACAAGGAAGGCGAGUGAGCUGCACUGCCCAUAAAGGAACAGGUUGCUUUUUAAAAAAUACAAAGGUAUACAAAUUUGGAAAGCGAGUGAGUUCCUCUUCCCCAAAGAAAACUUUGGCAAUUUUAAAAAUACUUCUAAUACAAAGGUAUACAAAUUUGGAAAGCGAGUGAGUUACUCUUCCCCAAAGAAAACUUUGGCAAUUUUAAAAAUACUUCUAAAUCAAAGGUAUACAAAUUUGGAAAGCGAGUGAGUUACUCUUCCCCAAAGAAAACUUUGGCAAUUUUAAAAAUACUUCUAAUACAAAGGUAUACCAAUUUGGAAAGCGAGUGAGUUACUCUUCCCCAAAGAAAACUUUGUUUUUGUUGCUCCAAAUCCUACCUAGGGAUUUUUAGAGAAUGGAAAUCCUUUCCUGAUUUUUUCUUGACCUCGACAUCCAAAAACAUGGCAGAAUGACGAUCCAUGCUGUCAUAUUUGGAGACACCCAUUUCCAUCCCCAAAUUAUACAAAAACUGUAUAACCCGCGGACCUUCCUUUUCAAUUUCCAAGUAUAAAACCACCUCCUUCCUCCCAAGAUUAAGCAUAUAGGACCCUUCUUAUCCACCCCUUUAAAUAUGUAUAUAUUCUAGGGAAUCAGUUUUAGAUUAUUAAUAUUAUUAUUUCUGAUUCUGUUGGUGAUUUCUUUGUGGCAGAAGACAAAGGAAAAGGGCGGAGAGCCGAAAACAAACCCAUGAGCCACGUAGCUUUAGAUAAUCAGUGAAUUUGUGCUUUGACCAAUUUCUCUGCAAGUAGGUAUGGAUUAGUUGAGACUAAUGGGAUGGAUCCAUACGACGGAGGAGACGAGACCUUUUGGAGCGGGAGGGGGGAAGACGGACGCGAUAGGGAACGAUUUUAAGACCUGUAUUUAUAAAACACUUUGGAAAUUUGGUGUUUGGUUUCCUUCUCCUUUCUCUCUCGGAUUGGGUUUUUCUGUCUCAUUGUUUGGCUCAGGACUUCCAUAUGUUGCUACUCCUCUAAUCUCGUCUCAAGAAAACCGUAAUGUAUUUCUGUUUCUA